AGAAUUGAAGAGCUUUUUAACAUUAUUGUGGACUACCCUGAAUCUCUGAAAGCCUUAGAAGACCUCAAGGUUCAGAUUUCAUUUUAGAUUUUUGUCAGUAAUUUGUCCCCUAAUAUAUAUUCAUACGUAUUAAAACCAUUAUAUACUUAUAUUAUAUACUUUUUGCAGGAAUGCUUAGAAAAGACAGAUUUACGAGCACACCUUAUCAAUUCACUUCGCUCUUCGUAAGUACAGUACAUUAUAUUUUCACAUGCAAGAAUGAAGAACUAAAAAUGCUAGUCAGAAUAGGAAGACUGAUAACUUGAAACAACUGAUUUGUGUAAACGCAUGACCGAGCGAUCUAAAGCACCUGGAAUAUCAUGACUUAUCAGACUUUCACGAGCCCAAAUAAAACUUCUAGGCAGUCAUUAUUAAGCGAUAGUGUUUAAAUGUAUGGACUAUAGAAUGAUGUAACAAAUGUUGUAUCAUGUUUGGCAAAUACAUUUUUACCCAAUCUGGGACACCCGACUUUCAUAAUUUUCUGGGGGAGAACGUAUCCCCUUGAUAGUGCCUCUUAGUAUAGUACCCUUUUUGGCAUCUGUAGUUACCUUCAACACUUGAUGCAUGUUAUGUAAAUAGUUUUAUGUUAUAUUUUAAGAUUCUCGUUGUACCGAAAUAAGUUUUUCUGUGAAAUAUAGCAUGACAUCCAUUGCGACAACUUGUUAGUGUCACAUAGUUACAGUGUCUUCGUGUGUUGAUAUAAGAGUUCUAUUUUCUUGAAGGUUUGAAAGUCGACUGCUCCACCCCGGGGCUGAAACCACGGAUAUUCUAACUCAAUAUGUGUCGGCAAUCCGAGCACUGAGGGUACUCGAUACUUCUGGAGUGAUCCUGGAGAAUGUCUGUGAACCUGUUAAAGCUUAUCUCAGGUAUGAAAUAUAAAUAUUAUUGAAAUUCUUGUCUACUGGACAGAAACACUUCAACAUUCAGUUCAUCUGAAAAUCUUUAAUAUCUACCUACAAGUGUUAAAUCUCGACAAUUGUCUCUCUCUGUAGCUCAGUUGGUUAGUUUUUGGAACAGCAUUGUCGCAGCUUCUUAACAAACUUGCUACAAGCCCGUUGAGGAAAUAUCUUGUUGACAAGUUUUUGGAACAGCAUUGUCGCAGCUUGUUAACAAGCUUGCUACAAGCCCGUUGAGGAAAUAUCUUGCUGACAAGUUGUUGGAACAGCAUUGUCACAACUUGUUAACAAGCUUGCUACAAACCUGUUGAGGAGAUAUCUUGUUGAGAAGUUGUUGGAACAGCAUUGCCACAACUUUUGAACAAGGUUGCUACAAACCCGUUGAGCAGAUAUUUUGUUGACAAGUUUUUGGAACAGCAUUGUCGCAGCUAUUUAACAAGCUUGCUACAAGCCCGUUGAGGAAAUAUCUUGUUGACAUGUUUUUGGAACAGCCUUGUCACAGCUUGUUAACAAGCUUGCUACAAGCCCGUUGAUGAAAUAUCUUGUUGACAAGUUGUUGGUACAGCAUUGUCACAACUUGUUAACAAGCUUGCUACAAACCCGUUGAGGAAAUAUCUUGUUGACAAGUUGUUGGAACAGCAUUGUCACAACUUGUUAACAAGCUUGCUACAAGCCCGUUGACCAGAUAUCUUGUUGACAAGUUUUGGAACAGCAUUGUCACAACUUGUUAACAAGCUUGCUACAAGACCGUUGAGGAAAUAUCUGGUUGACAAGUUAUUGGAACAGUAUUGUCACAACUUGUUAACAAGCUUGCUACAAGCCCGUUGAGGAAAUAUCUUGUUGACAGAGGGCUGCACCGGAAUCGCAUUGCUCCUAGUCUCGAAAUUUCCAUAGAGCGAUAUAGUUAGAAAUUGCUUGCUGUUCAGCUUGCUAAUAAUUUUCAAAUAUGAACGAAAAUUUUGAGGGAAUCCGAAAGGCGCUCAUUUGCACGCUGAGCUACUAACAGUAAAUGGUGAUAUUUACUCAAUAUCACGUGAUUAUAAUGAGCCAAUUAAAUGACCAUAAUUUAACGAGGUGUCAUACAGUAAUUAACAUAUCAUUAUAAUGUGACAGUAAUAAUUUUGGUGUGUAUAGAUUGAUGCUGAAUUUUUCGAAGGAGAUAUGUGCAAGCCCUUUGAGAUAAUCUUCUGAACUUUAUAGGUUCGCUUACACGGUCAAAAUUUCUGUGAUUAAAGUAAUUGUCGAUUUUGAUGACAGAAACUAUGAUAGUGAAGUGUAGUUUCGUUUUAUAUUCUUUCAAGUGUUUGACAAGUUUACCGAAAUUUCGCGAUAAAAAGAAUAACAUCAUUCAACAUCAUUGAUGAAUGCGAUUUCCCCGAAAACUGCAUGUGAAUGUGGUCCAUGAUUCUCGAAGUGAAAUUUUCUUACGUCGUCGUCUUUGUAUACGCUUGUUUGUUUACGACCUGACGUCAAAACACGUUCCUAACAAAUGAGUCAUCCGCUGCGCAAACAAGCUACCAAUAGUUAUGCACUGCUAAUGACCUUGCAUAUAAUGGUUAUUUUACACAAUGGUUGAGAAUUACACAGUUGAGAAAUGAGGCACAGUCCCAAACUUUUUGACGAAAUAGCAUCUCUAUUUUCGGCAAGUUGUCCUUUCGGCAAACUGUCCGUUCGGCAAAAUGUCCUGUCGGCAAAACGUCCGUUCGGCAAAACGUCCGUUCGGCAAAACGUCCGUUCGGCAAAAUGUCCGUUCGGCAAAAUGUCUUUCGGCAAAAUGUCUUUCGGCAAAGUGUCUUUCGGCAAAAUGUGUUCUUCUUGAUCUGAGCAAUCGUCCAUUACUUGACUUAUUAUACUUUACUGAUUAUUAGAACCAGAGACGAUACAGUUCGCUGUAUAGUGACAAGUUUAACAGAUGAAAACAGUUCAGAAUUAUCUGAGGUAAAUGAUUCAAUGACAUUGAGGUAAAAAGUGGGAACAGCAUAGUUUGGAAAGGGGUCUUAUCCUCCCUUUUUGACCCCCGCCCUCUUCUUUUUACCAAUGUCUCCCAUUUUUCGAAACAUUUCAACCCCAAAGAGUGCCAAAUUUGACAGGUCAAAGCUUGCAAAUGACACUGCAUGUACUUUUAAACUUCUGACCAAAUCGAGCACUAAAGGCUUUCUGACCAAGUUAUAUUCUCCAGUACCUAGCGGGUGUCCCUAAAAAAACUGGACACUGAUUGGGGGGGGGGGGGCACCCAGUAGAGUAUCGAUAUUGAUUGCGUACUCUUGUCUCGUCCCCAGGAAUUGUUACAAGGCGAUACUAAGACAAUAGAAGAUGUACACACGCUGGACAGUGAUAACGAGGAUGACGAAGGGGAAUGGAUGCCAGACCCGAUUGAUGCUGAUCCAUGUAAGUACAAACGAACUUUUUAUAUUGGAACGUAUGUCAGUCUUAGAAAAUGUCCUGUAGCGUGAAAGGCACCCGGUGUCAGGAGAUUUUUAACAAAAUAUCUUUGCACGAAAUUGUCUUAUACCUUGCAGAAACGUUUUGUCAUCUUACAUAAAUAUACUGGAAUAUCAAAAAUAGAUUGUCUUUUGCCCAAAUUGAAUGUGCAAAUUUAUUGAACGUAAUUAUAAUAUGUCUAUAACUUAAAUUUUCAUAUAUGCCUUGCACAUUUCUUUAAAGUAUUAGCCGAGAUAUAGGCGUUUACACUCAAGGUAGCGUUUAUGGAAGAAGCGAAAAAUGGUCUAUUAAUUUGCAUUAUGGUAAUAGAAUGGCCAUUUUUCGCUUCUUCCAAAAAUGCUACCUUGAGUUACUAUCUCGGCUAAUAUUCUAUAGAAAUGUUUAAGGCAUACAUCAAAAUUUAAGUUUAUUUAGACAUAACUGCGUUCAAUGGACCCAUUACCUAGUGAACAAAAGUUUUAUCCAGACAAGUUUAGACACAAAUUUCAUCAGAGCUUGAAAGGCCAUCACAAAAUUAGUAAUAUUCCGAAGUUUCGUUGCGAAAUGUUAUAAAAUGCGGAUAAUAUAUAGCCCUGCGAAGUUUGCCGUUUUUCAGUCAUUUUGUAUUAGUACGCACGGGAAAUUGAUACCUUUUUUCAGAAAGCUGUAUCAAUUUCCCGUGUGCGUAACACAAAUGACUGAAAAACGGCAAAAUUUCGCAACGAAAGUUCGGAAUAUUACUAAUUUUGUGAUGGUCUUUCAAGCUCUGAUGAAAUGUUUGUCUAGACUUGUCUAAAUAAAAAUUUUGUUCAUUAGGUAAUAGGUCCUUACUUGAAUAAGAUGGCUUCUUUUGGUUAAGUCAAAGAGGGGAAACAUUUUUUGCGCCACCCCGGUGCAGGAAAUUUUUAGUUUUGCAUUUUCCAGCCAGGAAGAGAAAUAUAGGUUGUUUACCAUUUACAUGGAAAUUCCGGUGAUUCCAUACGGAAAAUAAAUGGAACAAGCAUAUUUCGACGGCCCAACCGGAACUUUUCCGGAAUAAACGGUUUGUUUGAAAAGGUUGUCCUCUCUUACCGAUUGGAAAGUUUCAACCGGUAAAUGUUGUUCCAUUUACAUUUUUCAAAUUUUUUUCACCAGUUCCAGGCUCUUCGUGAUUUAACAAUUGAAAUUAUUAAGUGGAAAGCGAAUAAUCCGAAUGGGAUUUUCUAUCCGAAAUUUUGCUUACCAUUAGCACAAUUUCAAACUGGAUGGGUUUUACAUGUAAAUGGUAAACAACCAUAGUUUGCUAGACGUAAGCUAGAAAUUCUCUUCAAACAGUAUCGUCAGGUGUUGAUGAAAGGUGACGUUGUGUUUGACUGUUAUAAUAUUCUUACAUUUUUUUCUUCAUGCAGCUAAACCAUCUAAAAGCAGGAAGUCGUCGGAUAUUAUUAGGUAUUGCUGUACAAAAUAUUGUUACCGUUCUUUGUAUCACUGGAUUUUUUCAAUUGAAGUUUUUUUAUUGUAUCAUUGGAGUUUUUUCAGGGCUCCAUACUAUAGAAUAGUAUAUGGAUCCCUCUUGGAAAUUGUGUGAAAAUACAUUUUCCGUACUAAAAUGAAGAUCAUUAAAUCUGAAUAUUGUUAUUUUGUUCAGUAUGUUGGUCAACAUCUAUGGCAGUAGAGAUCUGUUUGUGUCUGAAUACCGCACAUUAUUGGCUGAUCGCAUUCUGUCUUCUUUCAAUUAUGAUAUCGCUAAGGAGGUAUAUCUCGUAUGUUAUAAUUUGCAUCUAUAAUUUUAAUCAUUGUCAAUAGAAUAAGUAAGUUAGGAAACUCCAUGCAGACAGGUUUAUACAAAGAAUGGUCGAUUCAUUGUCACAUGUGUUUUGUGUUUUCGCCCAACCAACCAAUGUACAGUACACGUAAAUAUAUCACAACUUGUCAACAAGAUGUGUUCGCAACAGGCUUGUAGCGAGCUUGUCAACAAGUUAUAACAAUGUUGUCAUUUUAUCAAGUUGCUGCAAACCUGUCACUCACAACUUGUUGACAGAUUGUUGAAUUGCAGGACGAUAACAAGUUGUUGGAACUACUUGUAACAAGAAUGUUGAGCUCAACAACCUUGAAGCAAGUUGUGAACAAGCGGUUGACAACUUGUCAACAAGCUGGGAACAAGCAGUGCGAACACAUCCUGUUGACAAGUUGUUGGAACAACAUUGCUAUUGUGCGUUUUUACGUGUGUAGCAGUUUUUGGUUUAAUUACCCAGUCGUGAUAUUACACAACGGUUAAAUGAAAACAUACUUUAGCUACUGGUUGCUCUGGCGAAAAUUAAAAUUAAGAUUUCCUUCGGUCAUCAAAGUUUCUAAAAUUUUGUAGGUGUUAAUAGAAUAUGUAGUAGAAGAUUAUAUUAAAAAAUUAGGGGUGGUUAUAAAUUCAGUUUUUGAGAUAUUACGCGAAAUUUGUUCCACAAAAACUGUUUUAUAAAAUCUUUUGAAAAUUGAGUAAAUUGCAAUAAAUGACUAGUACUUUCAAAAUAAAAAAUUUCAGAAAAAUUGACCGAAGUAAAAAAUAAUUUUAUUGCAUCAUAAACCUUGCGCGGUCAAAUGAAAUUUUUGCUGACGUGAUAAAAUUUCAUCUUGACAAGACACGUCAUUUUGUUACUAACCCCAUCUUAAAGGGGAAGUCAAGUCCGUUCUGCACAUCCGUUCUGCUCAUAACAAUGUGAGGACCUCUAAUGUGAACAUUGCCCAAAUUUCGAAUGCUUCGAAUUUUUCUGAACGUAAACUCUAUUUCAUAUUCAUUUAGAAGCGUAGCGAACCAAAAUGGUGUUAGAUAUUCAGACAGUACAGUACAUCAUAUUUUAAAAAAUACAGCAGUUCAAAAUGUAAACAAACCCGUUUGUUUACAUUACGGACUUGACUUCCCCUUUAAGAGUAACUUUCUUUAUUGUGCUUUACACAGAAGACAAAAUAAAGUGGGGUCCAUUGAAAAUUUGAAAUGGUGAUUUUUCAUUUCAGCUCCGUUAUUUGGAACUUCUCAAAUUACGAUUUGGCGAAUCACAUCUUCAGUUCUGUGAAGUAAUGUUGAAAGAUGUCGCUGAUUCCAGACGAAUCAAUACGAAUAUUCAUUCAAAGAUCGAAAGUUCAGAACAGAAGGUAUUACUCGGAUUUUGCCUUAACUUUUCAGUUUCAACUCUCCAAUAUACAGUAAGUCCCCUAUGUAUUCAGUAAGUAUGCAAUAUUGUGUAAAAACGCCUAGAUGUAUUAGUUUGUGCUCAUAGUGUAGAUUUACACAAGUUUGUGGGCCACAUACAGCAGCAAGCUGCUUUACACCAAAGCAGUGUAAUGGAUUAUAUGAUAAAGUGGAAUGGAUUUACUUGGGGUGGGGGGCACGCACCCCUAGCCCAGGCUAGAGGGGGUCAGGGGUUGGGCUAUUUUUCAUGGUAAAGCAAAAAAUAUUAGAGACAAAAUGAGAUACAGUAAUUUGAGUAAUAAUAUGAUGAUAAGCGAACUGUGAACAACAAUUCAAAUUCAAAUACAGUAGUCAAGCAAGACUUUCCAGUAGUGAAGCAAGUUGAUGGGCGGGGGCGACACACAUGACUGACACAACUCGGCAACAGAGCUGGCAGAGCACCCCGCCCCCUACCAAAUCAUGCUGGAUUCAUCCUGGUAAAAAAACCCCUUUGGAUCUGUUAGUUUACCCUCAUAGUGUAUAGAUUUAAACCAAGUUGGUGUCCACACAGUUGUAAGAAUUUACAUCGAUUUUGGUGUUGUGGUAAGACUGCAAGAUUUACAGUGCAUGCAGUAAUUCCAAAAUGUAACCUUCCACUAGCGUACACUCAUGUGCCCCUCUUGAAUUGGAGAACUCCGACCUGGAAAAGAGUGGAAUUUCGAGAUCCUGAUUUGCUAGCUUAAUGAAUCAUUAUACCAUAUACUUUCAUGUUUGUCACUUGAGACAUGUAAUAUAAAUACAGUCAAGUGUACUUUGUUGUUGCAUUCAUAUAAUGGCGUGAUUAUGCACGGUCAAAUUUUGUCUGCCCCUGACCCGUAAAUUUUACCCUCCCCCAAUCCAUCACAAAGUUAUAAAUUUCUAGUUUAUUCAUUUUCCAAACAAACUGUUUUGACUUUUUCAGCCUGAAAUUGAAAUCCACGGUAUGAUUUUGUCCAACGUAUUCUGGCCAACGUUUAGAGAGGAGAAAUUGGAGCUUCCUGAACAAGUAAAAAGGUUUGAUGAUUGUUUAUGAUUAUUUAUUAGAUAUAAUAUAACACCAUGCAUGUAUUAGAUAUUCUCACUACUCUGGUGUGAAUGUAAUCUGUUCGAAAAUUAUAUUAAUUUGUUAAACCAGAGCAGUAAAGCAUUCUAUGUAGCGAUUGGGAAUUCUGCACGGGUUUUCCGAUAUCGAGACAAACUAAUUUUCCUUUGUUUCUUGAUCAAGAUGAGGUUUUUUACUAUAAACAUUACAUUUCUUCUUAGAAUGACUCAAAUGGUACAAAUACCAAAAAUUAUAUUUGGGGUUAGUCUCACUUUUAUAUUUUGUUUUUCCACUAUCUAGUUCAAUGGAGAACUACACAGAACAAUUCAAAUCACUCAAAGGUUCACGAACGUUACAAUGGAAACCUCACCUAGGACUGGUUGAAUUGGAACUAGAACUUGAAGAUCGAACAUUGUCGUUCACUGUGACUCCAGCACGGGCCGCCACGAUCAUGUACUUUCAACAAAAACGUAAGUUUAAUUUUAAGUUUAGGCAUGAAUGAACCAUAGACGGAUUUUCUGGGGGGGUGCAGGGGGGUGCUACCACCCCAAUAUUAGCUAUAACCCCCCCCCCAAACAAAAUGUCCACCCCUCCAAAAAAAAUUUUCAACCCCCCCAAUAUUCGGCAUAAUAAAUAAAUAAUUAAAUAGUCCACUCCAACGUGCAGAGUGUUGAUGCAGUGCCUUGUCAUGCGAAUAGCUUGCACGCAAGGAACGUUAGGAAUUUUUACGAACAUUAUUUUUAGUUUUUAAUUCUUUUACGAAAUAGACUUGCCUAGAUCUUUACGCCCCAGAUAUUAUUUACAUCGGAGUUGCAUCAUAAAUUGUACUCGGAUUCAAACAACACAAUGUCAAUGACUUUAUAAAAGUAAAAGCAUAUUGUGUAUUGGCCUAUUGGGGUUACACUUUACAGGUUCAUUUAACUUUAAGUCUUUAACUCUCUCAAGUCUCAACAGACAAUCGGACAUGCCAAAUCCUUUGAUAUGACAAAUUGACAACUUCAAAAAACUUUCUUUCGAAGCUAGAAAUCAUGAUUUUUUUCAAAUGUUUCCUGGGGUACUUUGUUUUCUGCUCUCUAGACUCCCCCUAGCGGCUCUAGUGCUCCACCCCUAGAAUAUAGACCUUACUGGGGUUUGGUGACACUUUGUGUUGCUUCAGUCACCUGCUCAUGGCUCACCCCCCUAAAAUUUCUGGCACCACCCCAGUAAUAAAUAUGAAAAUCCGUCUAUGGAAUGAACUGAAGUCUUAGUAAAAUAAAGUUUAGUUUAGCUUGGUUUGGUUUGGUUUAGUUUCUGUACAGGUAGCUUAUAGUUCUGUAUAAUAACAAUGAAACUAAGGGUUGCCAAUAGAAUUUGGAGUAGGAGUUAUUUUGAAAGAAUUAAGCUGGGGAGAGGGGUUUGUCUGUGAAGAUUCUGAAAUUUAAACCCUUUGAAGAAAUGGCAUUUCCAGCCAUAUUGGAGAGUUUUGUCAUUUUAUCCAAAUAUUUAAGAAAGACUAUUGUGUAAAAUUGAUGUUAGGCCCCGUUUACAUGAAACCGGAACGAAGUCAAACCGAGACCAUUUCGUUUCGGGCAUAGUUAUAUAACUUAUAAUAGAUGUUUACAUGAGACCGCGACACAAGUAACUCAGACUGGUCUCAAGUCAUUCCGCCUGCUGGACCGAUCCAACUGACUUCAGACCAACAUGAAUUCAGACCGGGAUGAAUGUAAACACAAAUACAUUUCAGACCGGUCUCGGCUGUAACCUUGACAUUGGAACAACUCAUGCGAACAAAAACCAUCUAAAAGAGAAAAUUGCUUGGCAAGGGGAAUAAAUUUUGUGAUUUUCGUACCGAUCUCAUGUAAACAUGUUGACAAUUUCAAUUUUCAUUCCAGAAAGAAACCUUUCUCUUGACAUCUCGGCGGUAACGAGAAAAUAUUUUGGUUUGUGUAAUUUCGAGAAAUAACUAGCAAUUGUCCGAGCUAUAGACGGCAAAAGUCACUGAAUCCUACUGGAACACUGAGGCAAUAAGAGAUGCUCCUUACUGCGCUUUUCGGAAUUUAGGACGGUUUUGAAACAACUGUCCAGCGCCGUUUUGUAUAUAUUUAGCAAUGAGUGAAAUUAGCCGAUUUCCCCGUCAUUUUGGGGUACUGCCUUUCCCACGUUUGAGAGUCUCCGCAUCACGAAAUACAACUUUUUAGUAUUGUAGUUGUUUGUAUAAUGUAUAAUGGUACAAUAUUUAAAAGUCGUUUUUCUCGUUGUUUGAAUUGUCUAGAAUCUUUCACGAGGGCAGACAGUACCCCAAAAAUGGCGGAUUUUGGCCAUCGUGAGAAAGGCUAUAGAAUAAAAAAUAUCUACCUACAGUAUAUCUUAUGAAUACGACCUUACAGCAACUCCAACUGAAGAUGCUUUUUGCUCUUUUUCUUGCAGCCCGCUGGAGUUUGGAAGAACUGAGUAGUGCGAUGCAUAUGUCGAGCAGUAUGUUAAGACGUUGUCUCGGUUACUGGCUUGGCCAGGGCGUGUUGAAACAGGAAAGCCAAGACGUUUAUGUUGUCUUGGAGAAAAACCGCGGCGGACAAGAUUUACAAGGUAAGCAUGAUGGGAUAUAUUUAAUGAAAGUGAAAAGUAUAAAGAUCCGGUCAAUCGAGGAUGAGAGUUACAAAUCGUUUGAAUUUUGAUGAGAGUUUUUGCUACGUGCGUAGUUAUAAUACGAUGCAGUUAACUCCCAUCAACUUUCGUGCAACUCGAUUGACCAGGACAUGAGAGUUAAGAAAACCAUAGCUAAUAGAAUAGAUGGUUUGGAAACUCAUUAGAAUAAAAAUAUAGCUCGUUGUCUAUAUUAGUCGACGUUUAUUCAUAAAUAUGGUUCUUCACCGUCACGUGUGUAAUUGUAUUUUUGCCAAAUCCACCAAUAACAAUCUCCAAUUUAGCAAUCUAAUUCUCGUUAACCAAUGCAGAAAUUAAAACAUGUGACAAGCAAUUUUUCAAAAUAAACUAACCAUUUACAAGGCAGAGUUACCAUCAUUCGUCCAAAAAAUUACAAAAAGUCGCUGUUAUGUGGACUUAUCUCGCAGACUUCGGCUGAAAAGCCACCCAAAAAUGGCGGCGCGAGAAAGGCUAAUUGGUUGUAAUUCUUUUACAUUCUAGACGUUGUAUAUGAUGCGGAGGGUGAGUCAGCCAUGGCCACUUCACAAGAUCAACGGGAGGGAGAGUUACAGGUUAGUCAUUAUAUACUAUUCAUUGGGAUUUCUGUGGCGUGUAGUGAUCACAGCAAGCACCUUGUACCUCUGAGAUCGUGGGUUAGAUUCUCGCUAUGGACUCAUGUGAAAAGAGUCUGCCGACGUUCUGCCGAAAGCGGUGGGUUUUUUGUUGAUGAUGAUUAUUGUGAUACCUUUAUUUAACCACGCUGACAUUGUCAGCUAUAACUCGUUCCACAAUGGGCGUGUAAAAAAUUAGAAUUAGUAUUGGUUGCAAGUAAGAGAAUAAGAAAGAAUCCAUUAACAAUGCAAAUCGAAAAUAUACAAUAAUCAUAUUAGUUCUUUGUAGGAUUGCAUGGCGAUAAAACAUAUAAUUUUUUUUGUUUGUAAAAACAUCACGUAAAUUUAUUACUGCAAAGCUUUCGAUCCGUAUAAACUCGGAUCUUCAUCAGUGCUGAUGUUAUUGUUAUAUAACAAAAAAUCCCAUCUUGAUCAACUGUCAAAGUUUCCGGGUAUGAUGCGUAGAUAUCUUAUAUACACUAGAUAGUGCAUCUAAUUAUUGUGCAAUUCAAAAAUUGAAGCCGUGAUUGCAGUCUCAGGUCGUUCCCAUGAAAUGAGAAGAUUAGUAUGUUUUCUAUCUCUUAAGGUGGUCUUCCACCCAAAUUUUCCGAUAUUCGUUAUUUUUUAGAAAAACGUAAAAAAGUAGUCUUUAUAGCGUUCUUUAUAAAAUCCGUGUAAUUUUAAGAACGAAAAUGUACCGUAAACCCGAGAAAUCCAGCAAAUUCUACACCUUCGUAGGGUAAAACCACGAUUUUACCCGGAGCGAUAAAGAUAUGCGAUUGGUUUAGUCUAUUGUUCUAUUUUCAAUUAUAUUGUUCUAUCUAAGUUAUUCUAAUAUAUGCAAAAACUUUAAAAUCGCUUUUCUCACACGAGCAUUUUGCGAAAUAUUAAAAACUCUCCUACUGUUCAUACUGAAACAAUUCGUUCGAAAUUUUCAGAGUUUAUUUGCUUAGCCAUGUCAUGGACCUAAAAAACUUCAUAUAUCAGCAAUAUACAUUGCAAGAGUAGCCUUAUAAGAACUCCUUUCUUCAUAUAAUUUUAAAAAAGUAAAAUAUGAAGGCCUUAUUAUAUUACUUGUAUAUUUUUUUAGGUUCAUGACAUAGAUCGAUGUAUUAAGUGUCCAUUAAAGCUGUUUCUAAAAUCCGCGGUAAAUUAGUUUGGCUCACAUCAUUUUUGGAGCAAACCCUAUAUUUUACCCUAUAGCGAGGCCUAUCUUAGUUACUAUGGCAACGACGAAUGUAAAAGUUACUGAUCCUGCGUCAGCUGAGGAUAUUCCAUCAUAUUUGACUCAAAUAUGAUGAUAAAACCUUUAAAUUGAAAAAAAUGUUUUUAGGGUGGAAGACCACCUUAAACAGGGAACUUAAGCAUUAAGUUAACCCUACUCCAUGCAAUUACGUUUUUAAACUAUUCAAAUGAUAAAAGUUAUUGUUGUUUUUAAGCGUUUAUUAGCAAGUGGGAACGACCAAAUGGCCGCCAUCUAUUCAAAUGGGGGUAACCGCUGGAAUAUUCUUGGCUUCAAUUUUACUAAAAGAGAUGCGCUAUCUAGUGUAUAUAAGAUAUCUAUGGUAUGAUGUCAUUAGAUGAAUUGCAAAUUAGUUUUCCUUUGUUUUUUGUACCAAAAAUUCACCUAAUGACAUCAUAUCUGGAAACUUUGAUAGUGAAUAAGAGGUACGGUACCAAAAAUUGAGCGUAGUGUAAACGGGGUUCAAGAUGGGGUUAUUAAAGACACAUUACGUUUCUUCAUGGAAUGACCCAAAUAUAACACAUUAGUCGCACUUUUAUAAAAGAUUUUGAAAGCCAUGAUUCACGUCCUUUUGAUCAUUUCCAGAUUUUCUGGUCCUAUAUUGUUGGUAUGUUGACAAAUCUGGACAGUCUACCACUGGAUCGAAUCCACUCAAUGUUGAGAAUGUUCGCAAUGAGUGGCCCCAACACCAGCCAAUGUAAUGUCGAUGACUUGAAACGAUUUCUCGAGAAAAAAGUUCGCGAUGGUGAACUGCAGUUUGUCAGCGGCAAAUAUAAAUUACCAAGACCCGGCAAAUAGAAUAAUAUAAGGUAUAGUGUUUGAUAUGUAAUAAUGUAUAUAUUUAUAUAGAGAAAGUAUUAUUUUGUAUGUAUACAAAAUACGAAACAAAGUAUAUGAAGUCUCGGGCUCCAUUAAUUAUUAUACAAAAAAAAUGCAAUACUUCCAUAGAAAGUUUAAUAGAAUAGCUGUGUAAAACAUUUGGGACACACUGAGCUAUAUAUUCUAUUUUGGGGGAGACACCCUGUGUAACGUUUCAAAAUACAGUAUGAUUUGUUCAUCUGGCC